UCCCUGCGCGCAGUAGGUCGACAGGCCCAUCUAGGCUUGACGGGCGGGCAACUACCUCGGUACCAUACCGUCUACUCCCCUCGCGCAGAAAAAUGGCGUGGCCGCACUACCGUUUCAUCCUCGACCUGCCGCCGGCCGAGAAGCUGGCGCGGCGCCGGGCGCUUGACGCGUACGCCCUGUACGCCCAGCUCUCGGCCCUGGUGCCCGUCGCUGCUGUCCUGCUGUGCCGGGCCGCCCGGUGGGUGGCGGUCCGGGCCCCGCCCCAAGGCCGCCGCCGGGGCGACUACGACGCCGUCCCGAGCUCGCCGGUCCUGAAGCAGCGCCGGAACAGCGGCGUCGGCGCGUGGACGGCCUGGACGAGGAGGGUGCGCUGGUGGUUGGGCGAGGAUGUUGUGCUGGCCGGGUGGGUGCUGGGGCAGCGGGAUCAGUGGGUUGUUGGCAUCCUGUGGACCUCCUGGCUUCUGUUGCUCAGUGUGCUGGGGACGGGCGACGACUAUCUGCACUUGACAAAGAGGCUCGGCAUCGUUGCGGUCUCGCAAUGGCCGCUGCAGUAUCUCCUGGCCCUCAAGUCCCUCAACCCAAUCGCCUACCUCCUGCGUUCCUCCCACGAGCAGGUCAACCGGUGGCACCGCGUCCUGGCUCGCAUCACUACCACCCUGCUUUGCCUCCAUGCAUCCCUGUACUUGAAUUUUUUCGUCCAGGUCAACCGCCUCUACCGGCUGGGCAACCCGGUCGUGCUCGCCGGGGUCAUGGCCUUCGUCAGUCUGAACCUGCUCGUCACGACGGCCCUGCGGCCGGUCCGACGAUACUCUUACCGGCUUUUCUUCAUCAUCCAUGUCCUUGCGAGCAUCAUCGUGCCCCUACUGCUCAUGAUCCACGCCGCUCCGGCGAGAGUCUUCCUUCUUGAAGCUCUGGGUGUGUUUAUCCUCGACUUGGUCUCCCGCAAGGUAGAUACCGUCACGGGACAGGCAAAGGUGGAAUCGAUUCCGGGCACGAACCUCAUCAAGAUCUCGGCCAGCAUCCCUCAUUCGAAGGUGAACCGCUUCCGCGGGCAGCCCGGCUCCCACAUCUAUCUCAGCCUCCCCGUGGCCGCGCGCAAGUCCAUGAGCGCCGCCUCUGCCUCGCACCUGCUGUUCGAGUUCCUCUUCAACCCCUUCACGGUAGCUGCCGUGGACGAGGAGAACGGCGACUUGACGCUGGUUGCCCGCCACACUGGAGGUCCCAUGACCGCGGCACUGGCGCGGUUGGCCGGUUUGGCAAGGCCCGGCGCGGCCAACGGCAUAGACGAGGACGGGAUCCCGCUGUCCAUCGAGGGACCCUACGGCGCGGCGAGCCGCUUCCCCCAGCUUUGCACCGACUACGACCGGAUCCUCCUCGUCGCUGGUGGUGUCGGCGCUACCUUCACGGUUCCCUUGUACCGCGCCAUCACUAGUGAAAAUCCCGGCGCACGGGUUAAGAUGGUCUGGGCAAUCCGGAGCGCGGGCGAUGCCACGUGGGCCGUGACCGGCAGGGAAGCCCAGGCUCUCCUGAAGGACGACAACAUCCACAUCUUCAUCACCGGGGACGUGGUCGACCCAGAAGGAUCGGAGUCCCUGAGGCAGAAGACGGCCGCGCAGCGCCGGGCUGACAGCAGCGGCGCUGGUCGUGACGGAGAUGGUGAGGUGGAAUUGUGCGCCAUGUAUCGGGACCGCCGGCGUGACCGGUACACGUCGCAGCACAACCGGAAGCGACCCGAUCUUAGGGAGAUCGUCGACGACAUGUUCAAGCACGGCCAAGAGGAGCGGGUGGCCGUGCUUGUGUGCGGCCCGAAAGAGAUGGCGAGGGAGCUGCGAGAACAUGUCGGCGUCUGGGUCAGGAGGGGGCGGUCGGUCUGGUGGCAUAAGGAAGGCUUCGGGUUUUAGGAAGAUAUAGAGUGGAAAAGGAAUAGUCUUACUUGCCCAUGCUGAUGUGUUCUCAGCCAAGCCGUCGUGCCAUGUAUCAGUGACCGGUAUUCUUAUGCCUGCAUAACGCUCGUUAUCCCGUACAGUCAUGCCAUAUACCAAACACCGCCAUCCCUUUCCCGCCGACCCAUUCUAAAGGAGCGAAA